GCCACCCAUCGAGCUCUCCGCCACUCCGCGCCGCACCUCCACUCGAUCCCCUUCGCCCUCGAUAGGCCGGUACCUUGCCGAUCAGACGCAGGUGGGCAGGCCGCCGUCGCUGACCAACCGUUACACGGCUGGGAAGUCCGUCCCCAUGAUACCAUCGAUCAAGCGGCCGGCGACAAGCGGGGCAGGCGCGGGGACGGGGGCGGGGUCGGAGUCGCCCAUGCCGAACCGAAGGGAGCAGAGGAGAUCAGUUGAUCUUGGAAGCUCAAUGAGAGGUCGCCGUACAUCUUCUUCUCUUCAUGAUGAGAUUAACACACUUCAGGUGGAAAAUGAAAGCAUGUAUGACAAACUUCACCUUGCAGAGGAAAGGUCCGAGGAUGGAGAUGCCAAAUCCAUGCACAUGGAGAGAGAGGCUUCUGAUAUUGAUGAUGCGGUAGAAACAGAGACAAUUGUGAUUAGCAGGAAGGAUGCAGCACUAGAACAAAGAAAGAUUGCUAUGAGAAUUGCUUCACGAAGGUCUAGCAGUGCGAGCUGUGAUGAGAUUGCAACCCUUAAGUCUGAAGCAAAGGCUGCUAAUAAUGUGGUUACAUCUGUGUCUCGGAGAGUAAAAAGUGCUAGAUCAGAACUGAGAUCUCUUCAGGCAACAGCCAACAGAAUGAUCCUGUCACAGGAAGAUAUGGAGGAGGUGGUGCUAAAGAGAUGUUGGCUGACCCGCUACUGGACAUUAUGUUCUAAACUUGGUAUACAUUCUGAUAUUGCUGAAGAAAAACAAGAAUACUGGUCCUCAUUUGCACCACUUGCACUUGAAGCAGUCCUAUCAAUUGGGCAAAAAGCAAGAGAUGGAACUUUAUCAGAUAAUUCUGAGAUGGAGAGCAGAAGCAAAAUGUCUGAUGCAAAUGAUAUAUCUGGUGAUGGCAACAUUGAGAGUAUGAUUUCAGUUGAGAAAGGGCUGCGUGAAUUAGCUUCACUCAAGGUAGAGGAUGCAAUCAUGCUUGCUUUGGCAGAAAAUCGGCAUAUCAAACCUCUCUCAGGUCAAGCUUCUGAGGGUCGGAGCCCUUCCGAGUCAUUAGAGUUAAGCGCAGAAGAACGUGAAGAUGUACUCUUCAAGCAGGCAUGGCUGACCUAUUAUUGGAGGAGGGCCAAAAAUCACGACAUAGAAGAAGAUAUAGCUGAUGAGCGGCUACAGUUUUGGAUAGAACAAAGCAAACACCCAAUUACUACGACCGACGUCAUAGAAGUUGAGAGAGGACUCCACGAGCUGAGGAAGCUGGGAAUUGAGUCUAAGCUGUGGGACGCGAGCAGGAGAGCUCUGAACGACGACCUCAGCAAUCAUGGGAGUCCAACUGGAUCUGAAGCGUAGCGAACAAAUUUAGCAAAUGCAUAAAUUGGAGCGAGGCUGUAGUGCCGAUUUUGUGCCGUCAGAGGCCCUAGAGCCCUCCUGAUAUUCCUUCCAUGUUUGUUGCCUUUUGCUUGGUAUAUCGUCAUGUAAAAAAAUAAAUUUUGAUCAAAAUAUCUCGUAACCCUUCCUUUCAAAUUAUCUAUUCUAGGCUAGUGCUGAUUGAUCUGUGAAAGCAAAAGGGGCUAAUCAUGGAGUCAUCGAGAUGCCAUGCUUUCCACCAGGUUACUCUACUGCAACUAGAAUAUUAUGCAUCGCUUGAUUUCCCUUUUCCUUUUGCAAUGGUGGUGGUCUAUCCUUUCAAGGAGCAAAGCAAGCUUCCAGGGUGAAGCUACCUAGGUGACCAACCUGAACUGGACUCUGGUCUC